GGGCUCCUGGGAGGGUUAUGAAGCAGGCCCUGGUGGACGAUACGGAGGAUGUGUCCCUGGACUUUGGAAACGAGGAGGAGCUGGCCUUUAGGAAAGCCAAGAUCAGACACCCCUUGGCCACCUUUUUCCACCUGUUUUUCCGAGUGAGUGCCAUCGUCACCUACGUGUGCUGCGACUGGUUCGGCAAGAGCUUUGUGGGCUGUUUUGUCACGGUGCUGCUCCUCCUGUCCCUGGACUUCUGGUCUGUGAAGAAUGUAACCGGAAGACUCCUGGUGGGCCUUCGAUGGUGGAACCAGAUAGAUGAAGAUGGGAAGAGCCACUGGAUCUUUGAAGCCAGGAAGGUCUCCCCGAAUAACAUUGCUGCCACAGAAGCUGAAGCGCGAAUCUUCUGGCUGGGCCUCAUCAUCUGCCCCAUGAUAUGGGUUGUGUUUUUUUUUGGUACCUUAUUUUCCUUGAAGCUGAAGUGGCUGGCUCUCGUGGUUGCUGGGAUCUCUCUCCAAGUUGCAAACCUGUAUGGCUACAUCCUUUGUAAGAUGGGAGGCAACAGUGACAUUAGCAAGGUCACAGCCAGUUUCCUGUCCCAGACAGUGUUCCAGACGGCCUGCCCAGGUGACUUUCAGAAGCCGGGCCUUGAGGGGCUGGAGAUUCACCAGCAUUAGGCUUUCUUAUCUUCAGAGGCAGACAUGGCUUAAAUGGGAGUUUCUACAAUCGACUAAGCUUCCGACACAGCAGAAUCCCAUGGUUCCACAACCCAUUUGUUUUUUACGUGAAACAGGCCUCGGGGGAGAGGUUUGAGGAGGGGGUUUUAUUCUUAAAACGGCAUAUUUGUAGAGAAUGCCCUUUAUAUAUGUUCUAAGGAAAAGUGUACAAAUACUCGAUGAUUAAAGUGUCUCUGCGAAAGUGGCUUUGGACUACGCCAGCAUCUGGUUCCUUUUUGCUGUGACCCACCCCGUUCCGGAGCUGGUCGGGUCUGGCUGGACGUCCUGCCCAGGGAGUACCUCACUUGGUAACUGCUUGGUUCUGAACAUUCUCUCAUUUCAGGAAUUGAUGAGGUUCUCUUCUUCUGACUGACGGAGAUCACAAAACUCUUGGAUUCCUGGAAAACAAGACGACAGGCAUAGAGUGCUAAGAAUUGUCCACCCCUGGACAGCCCCGUCCUGUGCUGGGGAGGGCCGUGUCUUGACAGGGCUGGAAUCCUCUGGCAAGUUCCAUAAAAAGCCCUGUCUGUGAUGCCCUGAGUCUUUGAAAGUGACCGGAAUACCUCACACUGCCCAUCAGAGUCAUAACCAAUGGCUGAGGCCUUCCUCGGCCCAUCUGUAGAUGGAGGAUUCUGGGAAUGCUGUUUCCUUACCCUCAACAUCAUUUUUCUAGGCAAGUAAAACCCAGCCACAAACUUGGAGACUGCAGCUUUAAAAAACACGGACACCUCUGCCUUCACUCUGGGGCCGCUGAUGGCUGCCAGUGGCUGCACAUGGGUUUGGUCUGGCUAACCAAAGUUUUUAUUUCUAUUUUUUUAAGACACGGUCUCACUCUGUUGCCCAGGCUGGAGUGCAGUGGCACGAUCUCGGCCCACUGCAACCUCUGCCUCCCAGGUUCAAGCUAUUCUCCUGCCUCAGCCUCCUGAGUAGCUGGGACUACAGGCGAGCGCCACCACACCUGCUAAUUUUCAUAUUUUUAGCAGAGACAGUGUUUCUCCAUGUUAGCCAGGCUGGUCUCGAACUCCUGACCAGCCUCAAGUGAUCUGCCUGCCUUCUCCACCCAAAGUGCUGGGAUUCCCAGUGGGAGCCACCGCACCUGGCCUGUUGUUUUGUUUUUAUCAGUUACUUUUUUAAAUGAAUUACUUUAUCGCUUUAUUGGGAUGUAUUUCCUAAGCCAUAAAUUUCACCCUCACCGUGUUUUUUAAACUACGAAUUAAUUAACUAUACUCACACAUUGAGAGAUUUCUCAUGGACUCCUGGCUUCCUGGGCUAUGGAGCCCACUCUGUGGUCAUUGCAGACCCCACCACCCACCCGUCCUUCCACACCCCCCAUACCCUUGGUUCCUUUAUGUUGCUUCCUGCCCCACAGGCAUCUGCAUUUAGUACUCAUGGAAAUACUUACUCUGAAUUAUACUUCUGUAGGCUAAUGUGGCUGGGGAAUCUGGGGCGUCAAUGAAGAAGGACUGGCCUUUGUCACAAUUCUUACCUUAAAAGAAACAAAUGGAAGACAAUUCAGUCCAAGAGGAAAACAGAGUGGCCACAAGAUCUUGGGGCUCCUUCUGUGCUGGUGACAAUGGGAAUAUUUUGAGUCCCCUUCACUUGUAAUGAAGAACAAUGUAGAAAAGGCCACUGGGGUCUCUGGGACCUUCCUUCCAGCAGGGUCCCCAGCCAGCAUUUCAGCGUGGCUAAAUAAUCAGGUGGUGUACAGAAAAUGCAGGUUCCAGGGCCCUACAGAGAACUGAUUCAGCAGCUUCCAGAUGGGCCCAGGAGUGUGCAUUUUAAGAGAUUAGCUUUUGAGCAAAAGGAUCAUGAAUGCACAUGAUUAAAAAAAGUACAGAAUACAAAAGGAUAUGGCAUGAAAGGCCAAGUCCAAAGAGGGCUACUAGUGUUCUAGGUGUCUUUCCAGAAAGAUUAUGCACAUAUAAAUGUGCACAUUCACAAGUGUGCACACACACAUACACACACUCAUAUACCUAAAAUACAAGUGGGAGCACAUGACACACACAUUCUGCCCACUGCUUUGUCUGUGUAUAAUUUUAUCUUCCAGGUUAUCUGUGCUGGUGUCCAUCCGUCUGCUAGUCUUUCCCUGCCAUGUGGCCAUUGUUCCAGUCCCCUCCUAUGCACACCCAGGUUUCUCUAGGACCAUGUUAUCCCAGAGCCAGGAGGACAGGACACAGGGGCCUUGGAGUCACUGGGGGUGUUCUCGCCCUCAGUCUGCCCUACCAGCCCCCAGUUGUGGGUGGACCUGCCAUCAGCUUGCUCUCCCCACUCUCCAGGCCCUGAGCUGCCGGAGAAACAGGGCCAAGUGACUGCACUGCCCAUGUCCGGUCACCAGCUUCAGGUGAACCCCAGGAGGAGUUCCUACCUUGCACCUACCAUUUCCUCAACUUCACUACUGUGCUGCCGUGUGGGACAGGGAAGUCCAAGUCGGGGAAGAAGCCUGUGGGGAGAGGGUGGUGGGAGAUGGGGAGCCCAGAUGGCCCAGUGAGGCAGGAAAAUAGGGUCUGGAGGCAGGGAACAUAAGGCCAAUUCGCACUUGAGCCGUAACAGGAAAUGUCCUCUCCAUAGGACGUACGCCAUAAGUGACUCUGUAACUUUACUUCACCCUCUUCGUUUAUAUAGGACGUACCCCAAGUAGAGGAUAUUUAAACACAAAAACUCUGUAAUGGGGCCUUUGAGCCCCUAUUCUCAGGCCCAUUCCCUUCCCACACUGUGGAGUUUACUUUCAUUUUCAAUAAAUCCUUUCAUGCCUUCCU